AUGAGUGAAGAGUCGGACAUACGGUAUAUCCAGGAGAGACUGGAUUCUCUGUAUGAGAUAGACACUAAAAUAGUUACACUGCUAGAUAACAUGUCCUCAGCCAUAUCAAAUCUGCACGAGGGAAAGAAGAUGAUUUCUCAAUCGAAAGAGGAGUCACUAGAGGAGGUGAAAAAACAGUUCAAGGAGAACUGCGGUAACGUUUACGAGAACCUGUCUAGUGCAGUCAUAGGAUUGAGACGUGAAAUUAAGCUUCUGGACCAUCGCACAAAUGCAAAUGUGGUGUCCGACAAAGAAGUUAGGAUUUUGCCCGUGAACAUCAACAAGAAAGCCGUUUGGGUGGGCGAGUGGAAGCUGAACCAGGAGGUGGAGAAUCUGGAAGCGAUGUUGGAGGAGAAAGCGAGCUGA